UUUGUUUUGCCGCCCGUCACCGCAUAUGCGGAGAGCCCUGACGAAUCUUCUUCCUUCCGCGCUCUAAACUAGAUCCACUGGUGGAUAAUAGUUCUCUGAUACAGCUUCGAAAGUUAGCAACUUGGCUUGAGAAAUGUCAGAUUCGCAACCUAGCUCAACUUCUUCUACCGGCGGCAAGUCUGAUAGUGGAUAUAUUCCUGGAGAUGACACAUGGACCCAAUGGCGCAAUAUAUUUGCUAUCUUGACGGGAAAGAUGACGGAUGAGGGAAAGGAACAGUUCCGGAUUGCACGAGAUAUCCGCAAUGAAGCCGCAGAUUGCAAGCGCUGCGAAGAUCAAAGAGACUACCUAUUACAGUACAGUCCGAUCAUACGGUUUUUGAGCGACAAUAUUCGACAGCUAGGGGGCGAUCUUUCCAGUCACAAUAUCUAUUGCCGCCGCUGUACGAGCAGAAAGGCUGGGGGCUUUGAUCCGGAAUAUGGCAUCUUGGUUUGCGCGAACGAGAUGAAGGACCAAGGGCAUCUGGAGGACACAAUGGCACAUGAGAUGGUCCAUGCAUAUGACCACCUAAGGUUUAAGGUGGACUGGUCGGAUAAUCUGAGGCAUGCAGCUUGCACAGAGAUCCGAGCAAGCUCACUUAGUGGUGAAUGCAGAUGGGCGCGAGAAUUCUUCAGACGCGGUCAGUGGAAGUUCACGCAACAACAUCAAGAGUGUGUAAGAAGAAGGGCCAUCUUGUCAGUAAGAGCUAGACCUGGAUGCAAGGAUGAAGCCCAUGCGGAGAAAGUGGUCAAUGAGGUUUGGGACAGCUGUUUCAGAGACACGCGGCCCUUCGACGAGAUUUACCGUUGAGACUCGUGGUUUUCUUACGAAGAUACGUCAAGCCUACCCUACCUGUCUGAUUUUGUCCAUGAAAUCUGCGCUCUGCAAUGUAUUAUACUCAAGUUCAGGAUGUUACAAAUAGAAGAUACCAGAUGACGCCGAGCUAAGAGCCCUGAUGGUUCAGAUCUUCGAAAAAAAAAGGGGGAAAGAAAAAAAGCACAAAGCACCUUCCAACUCCAUGCACACAGGCUGAAAUGAACUGACUGACAAGGAAAGGAGGUACAACACCCUAACUCCAAAAAUGCAUGGGUCUUACCAUCAUGCUUUGACUUCCUUUGAAGAACCAGAACUCCGUUUCGUGACCCGGUCAUCCUUCAAGCAAUGUUUAAGGAUCCAGGGAUGUCGCUGGAUCUCAUCAAGGGAAAUACGCUUGUCUGGGUCGAGAACGAGCAA